AUGUCAGCUUCUUCUUCUCCUUCGGCCGUGCGAUCCCCUCUCUUCACGCUUGAGGAUGCGAAGAUCGCUUUCAACAUUUUUUGCUGUAUCUGCGGAAUCGGCUCACUCGGCAUGCCGUCCAACUACGCUCGCGCCGGCUGGGGUUACGCGACCGUCGCGUUAUUAUUCAUGGCGGUAUCGAACAUCUACGCCACCGUGCUGCUGUCAAAGGUGCUGAUGGUAGCCCCAUCUUCUGUGAAGACUUACGGUGACCUCGGCGAGUGGGUCGCCGGCAAGUGGGGCCGUUUUUUUGUGGUAGUCUCCCACAUGGGCGUUUGCCUUCUUGCUCCCUGCGCAUUCCUCGUACUUGGUGGUACGCUGCUCGACGUGCUCUUUCCCGAUUCGUUCAGUCAAACCGUGUGGAUCAUCUUCAUGGCUGCAAUGGUCAUCCCUGUGGCGUUGAUCCCCACUCUGAAAGAGAGUGCCGGCAUGGCUGUGGCGGGUUGCCUGGGCACGAUCAUCGCUGAUAUCAUCGGUGUUGCGAUUCUCCUGUACGAAGAGCGCGGUCAUCCAACGCCCCCAACGCCUGACGUAACCCUACACCAGGUGCUCACCACGUUCGGCAACCUGUCUCUCGCGUACGCCGCUGCUAUUGUGAUCCCCGACCUCCAGCGACAGCAUUCACAGCCCGAGCGCAUGCCUCGUGUCAUUGUCGUCAGCCUGGGUCUUGCCUCGGCCUUCUUUCUCGCCAUCGCUAUUAUCGGCUACGUUGCUGGUGGGUGCCAGCUCUCCGGUAAUCUGCUCUUUUCGAUCGUGAACACGUCCGACCCCUACAGCACCACCACUCUGGGUUUUACGGCGAACCGGGGAGCAGUGGUCAUGUCCUACUUAUUCAUGCAGCUUCAUCUGUCGAUCGCCUUCUCGACAAUUCUACACCCGGCGUUUUACAUGGCGGAGCGUCUCGUGUUGGGGAUGCACAAGGAUGACACGCUUCCUACUGACAGCGAGGAGCGUGAGAUUGAGAUUGAGGAGAAGAUGUCGUACCUCGAUGACCUCUCUGAGUACAAGGGCAGCGUGAAUGUGGUUCGUUACGUCCUGGUGCGUAUCGCUUUGAUAGCGAUUCUAGCUGUGGCCUCUAUCCUGCUGAAGGACCAUUUCCUCGACUUGGUGGACUUUACUGGUGCCACUGCCAUCACUGUGUGCAGUUUGAUCCUGCCGCUUAUUUUCUACGCUAAGGUGUUUUGGAGGAAGAUUCCGAUGGGGGAGAAGGCAAUUUGCAUCACGAUCUCCACAAUCUGUGGAAUCGUCGGUUGCUAUGUGAUGAUCUACGCAGGAAAAAAACUAUUCAAUCCGGAUGACGAUGGAGCCACGUUCCCGUACUGUUCAACUGAGUACCAGGACGAACCGUACUAUAUAAGGAAUAGUACUGUAUCGAACUGA